GCACUUGUAACUAUAAGAAUGGCAUCUGUGUGGUACACACAUUCACCUCACUUUUUGAUGGAGCUGCAGUCUUGCGUAACCGAAUUUAAACAAUACCUAGCCAAUUUAGCACGCUCCAUACGUUCUGCAGCAACCGAUAUGGCUUUGGGAUUAGUCCAUGCAAAAGCUGAAGCGUUAGCUCAGUCUUUAUAUUUGAACUCGCGGCUCUCUGCGUCGCUAUACGGUAGCGCGAUGUCACUGUCUGAUAUAAUGACACCUCGUAAAAGAAGCAGGUACAAUAGUGGCGGAUUUAUGGAGUACGGUGAUGGAUACUCGGGUUCCUCAUCUGUUCGUGACACCAUUCCGCAAACACCCUACAGCCCAGCAGAUGAGGAUAAUUUCAUGAUCGAUAUGAGGUUAGAUGUGGUGCUGGACAGUCCAGUUGUUAUCGUUCCACGAACGCAUAGCAGCGCUCAAGUGUUUGUAGCCCAUCUUGGAAAGACGUCCAUUACGAAUUGCAAUAAUAAACAGACAAAAGAAAGUUGGGAUCAUGUUGAAUCGAAAAUGGAACACUACAGCGUGGAAAUUCGCGACAUGAAUUUAUACUCGUUGGAUACCAGUAGCAGACGUGUUCCAGGCCCUAUGAUGAAUAAGUCAGAUGUAUUGUACAGUUGCGAUACACUAGCUAAACCUAUAUUGCAUGAUACGAUAGUGCAUUUACGAAUAGAACGUGAGAUAUUCUGUCAUUCUCAAACUCGACACCAAAGCCUCUCAAAUUUAAUCGACGACGGUUAUUCAAAUCAAAAUGUUGAUGGUUUUGAGCCAACUGUGGGAGAAAAUGUGGAGGUAUAUAGUGCUAAUGAAUAA